AUGUUGUUUCUAUACGGUCUGCUUUUAACUAGUAAUUUCAUCCUGGUCCAUUGCAAAACAAAGUCCAGCCCAAAACUUGAAUUAGUUGCAAUAUUUGAUCAUCAGGUUACUGGUGUAAGUGUACAUCCAACAUCUGGUCGCAUAUUUGUUAACUUUCCACGAUGGACAGAAGAUUCACCGGUUUCAGUGGCUGAAGUAUUGUCAAAAGACACCAUCGGACCAUAUCCACCAAAUUCAAAUUGGAAUUCUUGGCGAAACGCACAAAAAGAGAAUCUUUACGUACUUGAUCCAGCUGCUCCAGCUUUCGGCCCUAUCAUUAAAGGCGGACCAAAGCUUGUUGAAAUAGAUUUAAUCACCAAUCAAACGAAACGAACUAUUCUCUUCGAUGAAGAUGUUGCACCACAAGGAUCCUACUUAAACGAUGUUCGCUUUUCACCAGAUGGUACAUAUGCUUAUAUAACUGACUCAGGUGCAACAGGAGCUAUUGUUGUCGUCGAUUUGAAAACAGGAAAAGCACGGCGAGUUCUGCAUGGACACCCAUCAACUCAACGAGAUAAAACAGUAUCAGUCAAGUACAAUGGACAACCACUUCGUCAAAUCGACGGUCGUGGUGUUGAAUUUUCAGCAGAUGGCAUUGCGCUUUCCAUCGAUGGUUCCACUCUUUAUUGGCAAGCUAUUCAAGGCAAAACACUGUAUUCAAUUCCAACAUCUCAUCUUCACUCAUCUAAUUCGAGUAAACAACUUUCUUCUCAUGUAGCCAUCGUCGGACAAAACGGACCAGCUGAUGGUUUAUGGAUAAGUCGAAAGCAACCAAAUCUUCUCUACGUUAGUUCAGUUCAAGAUGAUUCAAUCAGAGUGAGAGAUUUGCAAAGCAAUACCUAUGAAGUUCUCUUAACAGAUAAACGUCUCUCUUGGCCCGAUACAUUCUCUGAAGAUGAACAAGGUUAUAUCUAUGUUACUGCUUCACAUAUUCCAGCUUCAGCCAUGUUCAAUAAACAAGCAUCAAAACAAUUACGAACCGAUUUAUGGAAAUUCAAGCCGAGUAUCAGCAUGGAGACGAAACACACACGAUCGCGAAAAGAGGAAGAAACCUUAUAA